CCUAUACAAAUCACAAUCUGACACAAUUCCAUUUAGCAUUCUGAUGGAAGAAGCGCCGGAGGCGAGACCGUCGACGGCGGAGACCCUCGAUGGUAGCGAGGUUGGCACGCCGCACGGCUCGGAGAGAGGAUUGACAGAGCAUCAGGAGGAGCGUGAGCGUGGCCGCGAGGAGUACCUGACUGGAGUCCAGCGCCGUAUCGAGUCGUACGAGAACUGCGCGGCAGCCAUCACCGCGGCAACAACGUCACUGCAGCAACUCAGCGGGCAUCUGGACGCCAUGCAGCAAGCCACUCAGCAGUUGAAUGCGUUCACCGGCGGUUGGUUGGCUGUGUGGAAGCGCCCGUCGUCCUAAAGUCCAAAAAGGCUCGCGACAACGACAUGCCAACCAGUAUUUAAGAUGCAGGACGCCAAUGGAGACGAAGACUGCGUGCCAGAUCUCCAUAGUAGUAAUACAAUACGAUUUCAUUUGUGCCA